UAGGAAGGGUAUGAUCGCAACAUGUUAGCUAAUCUUCUCUUGUUUCAAGGGUAAAGCACGUUUUCCAGGAAUAUCCCCACAGUACACACGACACACCCUUCAGUGAGUGUAUAACAGUAGAGAUCGAGGAAGUGCCACAGGGUUGACUGGCUGAACACGUCUUUAACUGGAGGCUUUGUUCAGAGGCUUUAAUUGAACUGGAUUAAUGUACGUGUGCACUGCAUAGUCAACGUUAAAAGCUCGCAACUGAUGCAAUAUAGACGACCUAACCAUGACCCCGCAUCCCAUCAUUGAAGCCAUCAUAGACCUGUCAGCUGGAGCAUGUGGUGGGACUGCCUGUGUUUUAAGUGGGCAGCCCUUCGACACAGCUAAAGUGAAGAUGCAGACCUUCCCCGGCAUGUACAGAGGAUUCCUGAACUGCUUCGUGUCCAUCUACAAACAGGUUGGAUUACGAGGGCUCUAUGAGGGCACCACGCCCGCCCUCAUCGCCAACAUCGCAGAAAACGCAGUGCUCUUCAUGAGCUACGGCUUCUGUCAGAAUGUGGUCCGCUUUGUAUCGGGAAUUGACAGAGGCACAGAACUCAGUGAUGUUCAGAAGGCCUGCUCAGGUUCCGUUGCAUCCAUCUUCUCCUCUCUGGCUUUAUGUCCCACUGAACUGGUCAAAUGUCGACUGCAGGCCAUGCAUGAAAUGGAGGCGUCCGGCAAGAUCGCGAGUGGACAUAAAAAUACAGUGUGGUCUGUCGUGAGAAACGUGCUACGGACAAACGGACCCUUGGGUUUCUAUCAGGGUCUCACCACCACUGUAGUCCGUGAAAUCCCUGGAUACUUCUGUUUUUUUGGAGGAUAUGAACUGAGUCGCUCUAUGUUUGCUCACCGCAUGGGCAGAGAUAAAGAGCAGAUAGGGGUUCUGCCUUUGAUGUUCAGCGGGGGGUUUGGUGGUGCCUGUCUAUGGUUGGUGGUCUACCCCAUAGACUGUGUGAAGUCUCGCAUCCAGGUCCUUUCUUUAGUGGGGAGACAAGAGGGUUUCCUCAAGACGUUCAUGGGGAUCUUACGAAGCGAGGGUGUGGCGGCUUUGUAUUCCGGUCUGACCCCUACUAUGAUCCGAACAUUUCCGGCCAACGGUGCUCUCUUUCUGGCCUAUGAACUGAGUCGCAAGAUGAUGAUGCAACAGUUUGAUCGUUGACUUUGUUUUUUGGAGUUAAAUCCCAUUAAAGCAUCUUGGACGACCAGACAAUUUUCUAUUGACAUCUUUGUUUUUUUAAAGAGCUGCUGGUUCAGCAUGUGUACAGGACUUGAUGUCCCUUCAACGCUCUUUUGACAUUUUGUCUAGACAGUUCCUCUGGAGUCGGAGUCUAUGUAGGUCUGCACAGAGCCAAUGAGAGAGAGAGUCACGUCAACUCCGUUGACUCCAUUGGAACAGUGGCGGUUCAUGGAGGCUCUCAAUAGUUCCCGGAAGUUACUAGUUACGCAUGGAGCUGCGGCUGAACAGACCAACUGAGGGAAACACUUAACCUAUUUAAAGUAAAUAAAAUAAUGAAAGAAUUAAAAUAUUUAAACAGAAAACAUAACUUCCUGGAACUAUCUGAGGCUCCACGAAUCACGCGACACACGUGAAUUUUAAAACUUCUUUAGCGCAACUCUCUCUCUCAAUGGCACUUGGUCCACCGUUACAAUUAUGAUCUUCCAGAUAAAAAUACCCUUGGAAAUGAUACAUAUUGCAGUAUUUAAUACAAUAGAGGGUGAAUAUCAUUAUAUAACAGCCAAGUCUGUGAGUUUAAUAAAAGAACAGGUUAUGUGGUGUGACAGUUCAGUGUUUUGCAUUCAUGUGGUUUAAACAAAGCGUGUCUCUAUGGCAGGUCUCUUGGCUGCAUAUGACAUUCAGUCUCUGAGGGACUCAAAGUCUUUCAUGUAUUGUUAGAGCCUAGUUGGCUUUUUUAAUGAGGUCUCAGUGCACAUCCAGCUAACUUUAAGACUGAAUGAUCUUUUGUGUGACAGAUGUUUGUGCAACCAAUACUGUAUUUUAAAUGUAUUGCCUUUUACAUUGUUUUCAAUACCACAUGGGUGUUCGUACAGAAAAAAAUAAAUGCAGCAUAGAAAAAACUUCUGCUGCUUCCAACAUCGCACACUAUUUAUCUUAUAUUGUGGUAUAAGUAUUUGAUUUUAAAUACAUGGAUUGGUCUACUGUUUUGGAAAACAUGAAUUGCAGGUCCACGCACAAUAGAUGAUGCUUUUUAAAUAAUUUAAAUAAAAAAAAAAAAAUUUAAGUUCUUAAAUUAUUGAAUCAAACGAUUGAUGUUUCAUUGCAGUAUUGAAUUAAACAAAUUAAAAUGUAGUUAACAUUAGAAAUCAAUAAUUGCUGUCUGUCUGUCUUGAUGUGUCAUUUAUGGCAAUGUUUUAUUCUUGUUUUAUUCAGUCUAUCUUGAGUUUCUUCAUUGUAUGUUAGUAUGGUAGUAUGGACAUCAGAAACAGGACUAAGCUGAGUAGUGUAGUAAGAACGUGUAGUGAAAUAGUGAGGAUUGAACUGAGAAAUGUAACUCAGAUCUACGGCGAUAGAAUGAUCAAAAAGGGUCUGUCAGUCCUUUCAGAUGUUGCUGUAUCUACUGUUCAAUUAACUAAAAUUGUUGCACUUCGGGUCACAGAUUCAAAAUAUCUGUAUGUGAAUCAAACAGAUUAAAAAAAUUAUUCUAUUCCAUCCGUAAUCAGGUGAUAAAAAAAUACUUUGUCAUAAAUUAUGUAAUGCUGUUGUGAUGUAUUGAUCUGUUGUAUGUGGUUUCUUGUUGUGUACUGUCCUCUUGAGGACAAAUAUUUUAAAGUAAGCAAGUGAAAUGUGAGAUGAGUUGUGUUCAAAUGUGUGUGAUUUUUAAAGAUCACAAUGUGAAUCUAUAGGCAUCAAUGUUUACUUCUUGCAUAACGUUUAGCUACAUACAACUGUACGUUCUUUCCACCCAUACUUGUUGUGA